AUGGAGGAGGAUACAUCAACAAAGAAAAAAGCUCACAGAGAUAGACAUUCGGGUAGAAAAUUGGAAAAGAAGAAAGCAAAAAAAGAAGCUCAAAAUGGUGAAGUGGGUGCCAAAGAACGUAAUCCAAAAGCAUUUGCUUUUAAUUCAGCUGUAAGAGCUGAGCGGCGAUUUAGAAGAAAGGAAGAUAUAGAUACCAAAAAGCAACAUGUCCCUCUUGUAGACAGAACACCUAUUGAACCUCCUCCCAUAGUAGUUGCUGUAGUAGGUCCACCAAAAGUGGGAAAAAGUACAGUAAUAAAUAAUUUAAUCAAAUUAUUUACCAAGUUACCAUUAACUAACAUAAAUGGUCCUGUUACAAUUGUAACAAGUAAGAAAAGGCGAAUAACUUUUUUUGAGUGCAAUAAUGAUGUGAAUUCAAUGAUAGAUCUAGCAAAAGUUGCUGAUUUAGUAUUAUUAUUAUGUGAUGCAAGUUUUGGUUUUGAAAUGGAGGUUUUUGAGUUUUUAAACAUAUGCCAGGUCCAUGGCAUGCCGAGAAUAAUGGGUGUAUUGACCCAUUUAGAUUUGAUUAAAAACAGCAAAACACUAAAAACAACCAAAAAAACUCUUAAACAUAGGUUUUGGACUGAAGUUUAUCCUGGAGCCAAGCUGUUUUACUUAUCUGGAAUAAUACAUGAGGAGUAUCUCCGAAAUGAAAUUAAAAAUCUUGGAAGAUUUAUUUCUGUAAUGAAAUUCAGACCUCUACAGUGGAGAACAACUCAUAGUUAUUUAAUAGGAGACAGGUAUGAAGAUUUGACUAAUCAAGAGUUAAUAAGGAAAAAUCCAAAAUGUGACAGGAAUGUUGCUUUGUAUGGUUAUAUUAGAGGAGUACCCUUAAAGAAGGAGAGCUAUGUACAUAUUGCAGGGUUUGGUGAUCUAAAAAUUCAUGAUCUGUCAUUCCUCCCAGAUCCCUGUCCACUGCCAGAAGAACUCAAAAAACGAGCACUUAUAGAGAAAGAAAAACUGAUAUAUGCUCCAUUCUCGGGUGUGGGGGGUAUAGUAUAUGACAAAGAUGCUGUUUACAUGGAACUUGGGGGUUCACACAGUCACACAAAAAGGGAAGAUGAAACAGAUAACUUUGUAACAAACUUGAUAAGUGCGAAGGAGACUUUAGAUGAAAAAUUAAAGCAUUCAGAACUUCAGAUUUUCACUGGUGGUGAGAAGAUUACAGCUGGUGAUGUUAGCGAUAGUGAGGAUGACACUGAUAAUAUUCAGUUAUUUGAAAAGAAGGAUAAAAAAGGUGUGAGUUCUGAAUUAGAUGAUGAGUUAAAUAAACUAAGGAAAAAAUAUGUAGAAGUGGAAGAAGAAGGCAGGGUUAGAAGAAAAGUAGUUUUUGAUGAUACAUUAGAACAUUUGGAGAAUGACGAUGAUGAAUCAACAGAUGAAGAUACUGAGGAACAUCCAAAUGCUGAUAUACAAUUGUCUCAAGGCAAAAGUAACAAUGAAAUACAUUCGAAAGUAAAAGAUAUUUUAAACAAAAUAGAGUCUAGCCAGAAAAAGAAGCAAGAAGAUGAUGAAGAAAGUGAAAAUUCGGAUGAUGAUGAAGAGGAUGGGUCAGAAAGUGAAGGCGAAGAUGACGAAGACACCGGAAUGAAAUGGAAAGAUAAUUUAUUGGAAAAAGCGAAAGAUUCAUUUUUGGAUCGACAGAGUACAAAUAAAAACUUAAUGAGACUAGUCUACGAUUUCCAAGAAGAAUCGGCAGAAUCAGAAAUAAAAAAUGAAGACGAUGACGAAGACAAUGAAAUUGGUGGUCUAUUUAAAAAAGUCUCGAAACAACAACAUGAACUAAAGCUAAAUAAAGAUGUUAUGAACUUAACUGAGAGUUCGUUAAUGUUACCUUGGAAUGCUGUCAUGAAAGAUUGGACUGAAUCAGAUAAUAAAGAACUAAUAAUAAAUUGUUUCGUCACUGGUAAAUGGAAAGACAGUGAAGACGCAAAUGAACUACUAAAGCUAGACGAUGCAGCUGAUUUAAGUGAUGAUUCCGAAGUUUUUGGCGACUUUGAGGAUUUAGAAACGGGCGAAAAACACACGGGCGAUUCUUCAAAACCUCAGCAAGUAAAAGGCGAAAAGCGUAAACGAGAAAACCUGGAACAAGACAAUAAAGAAGAUCCCCAGGCCUUAGCCGAAAAGAAGAAAAAACUGAAGGAGAAAUUUGACGCCGAAUAUGAUUCUCAGGAAAAACUUAGUUAUUAUGAUGAACUGAAGUUAUCAGCUGACAAGCAAGCACAGUUAAAUAAAACGGUAUUUGAAAAUAUGCCUGAUGAUAUUCGGGUGCAAAUUGAAGGUUAUAGACCUGGAAUGUAUGUAAGAAUGGAAUUUCAGAGCGUACCUUCAGAGUUUAUAGAACAUUUUGACCCCACUUAUCCACUAGUAAUCGGCGCUCUAAAUAUGGGAGAAGAAAAUGUAGGUUUCGUGAAUGUUAAAAUUAAAAAACAUCGUUGGUACAAGAAAAUUCUCAAAACGAAUGAUCCCCUGAUAAUUUCUUUGGGUUGGAGGCGAUUCCAAACAAUACCACUCUACUCGAAAGCUGGAAGAUGAUUUAAAGUUUAGAUAUUUAAAAUAUACCCCCGAACAUUUAACUUGUAACGCUCAUUUUUGGGGACCGAUCACUCCACAAGGCACAGGGUUUUUGGCGCUUCAAACCGUUGAUUCCGAGAGCAACGUGAUUAAAAAACUUGGAUUUAGGAUAGCAGCGACGGGUUCAGUAUUAGAACUGGAUAAGAACACAAGGAUAUUAAAAAAACUAAAACUAAUAGGACAUCCGCUAAAAAUUUACAAAAAGACUGCAUUUAUUAAAGGAAUGUUCAAUAGUUCGUUAGAAGUGGCAAAAUUCGAAGGAGCCCGAAUAAAAACAGUUUCUGGUAUAAGGGGUCAAAUAAAAAAGGCUGUUAAUAAACCGGAAGGUUGCUUCAGAGCAACCUUUGAAGAUAAAAUACAAUUGAGUGAUAUUGUUUUCUGUAGAACUUGGUUCAAAGUUGAUGUACCAAAUUUCUAUGCUCCUGUAAAUACGUUAUUAUUACCGCCAGAGAAAAGAAACUCUUGGAAGGGUGUUAGAACCACCGGUGAAAUUAAACGGGAAAGGGAAAUCAGAAAUGAACCUAAUAAAGACAGCCUUUACACGACGAUUGAAAGAGAGCCUAAACCGUUCAAGCCGCUUAUUAUUCCCAAAAAGCUUCAACAGGCUUUACCAUACAGAGAUAAGCCAAAACAUCUGCAGAGGUCCGGCAAAAAGGAGAUCGAUAGGGUAGCAGUUAUAGCUGAACCAGAGGAGACAAAGAUUUCUACUAUGAUGAAAAUGUUACGAGCUUCUUACGACAAGAAACAAGAAAAACUUAAAGAAGAAACUAAAGAGCGCUUGGAAAGACAUCGUAAAGAAAUCGAAGGUAUAGAAUUCAACAAACUUAAAAAAUUAAAGGAUGUUAAGAAGCAGGUCCAUAGAAUGAGAAGUAAACAGGCUAAUAGUAAAAAAGGGAAAAAAGGAAGAUAA